AUUUUAACCCUCCAGUCAGGUGAGGGCAAGCUUCCGCCAUUUCUUAUUAUCUGGAUUCUUAAUUGGACAUACAUAAAUUGAUUUGGACAUGGAUCCCAGCAGCAGUGCCCAGGAUGUGAUCAGAUGUGACCUUUGUGAGACAGCUAUAGUACAGAUGUACUGUGAUUUCUGUCAUGUCAACCUCUGUAAACCCUGUAUUGGAGAACACAUUGCUGAUGACUAUAGCAAACAUCAAAUUGUCCAAAUUCAGCAAAGGAAAUCCACCUUAAUUUAUCCACAGUGCAAUACACAUGAAACAAAAAGAUGUAAAUUUCAGUGUGAAGAAUGCAACACAUCUGUGUGUUCUUUAUGCAUUAUAACUGAUACACAUAAGGGACAUACCAUUUCAACUCUUUUGGAUAUUUUUAAUUCAAAGAGAGAAGUAAUUAGAAAAGAUACUGAAGAGUUAGAACAAAUAAUUUCUCCUACGUAUGAAGAAAUCACAACGGAUAUAGAAACUCAGAUGGCUAAUCUGGAUGGAGAAUAUGCAAAACUUUCAACAGCAGUAACAAAACAUGGAGAAGAAUGGCACAAAGAAAUCGACAACAUUGUCAACAAACUGACAACAGAAAUUGAAGAAGUAAAAAAUAAACAUUUAAGCAUUCUGAAGAAACAUUUAGAUGAAAUCAAUCAGAUUAUAUAUCAAAUUGAGCAAACUUUGCUUCAGUUAAAUAGAAUAAAUGAAUCAAAUGAAGUGUCUUUGACAAUGGAAUACAGUUCUAAAAGCGAAGAAUUAAGCAGACUACCGCCUAAAGUUAAGAUAUCACUGCCUGUGUUCAGUCCAAAGGCUAAAGAUACAGAACAUCUUUAUAAAUUGUUAGGAUCUUUAACAGAAUUAACUAUGAAAACAGAAGAAAAUGGCUACAAACUGAAGAAACCAGAGACAACAACCAGAGAACUGCUUGAAGAACCAGAACUUUUCACCACUAUAGAUACUGGGUAUGAAAACCUCCGUAAUGUUGCCUGUCUUAGUGAAGAAGAAAUUUGGACAAGUGCACUUGUUGGUGAUAUGAAAUGCUUCAACAUUCAAAGCUUACUCAUUAAGACAAUCAAAACAAAAUCAGGGGAAUGGCCAAAUGACAUAGCAGUGACAUGUGAUGGGGAUCUAGUGUACUCUGAUGGGACAACAGGGACUGUGAAUAAAGUGAAGAAUGGACAGAUAGAGGAGAUGAUCAGACUACAGGGCUGGGUACCAGUUAAUCUUUGUGUCACCUCCUCUGGUGAUCUCCUGGUUACCAUGUACAUUGAUGAUAAAACACACUCCAAAGUUGUUCGUUACUCAGGAUCCACACAGAAACAAACAAUCCAGUUUGAUGAGGAGGGUAAACCUCUGUAUUCAGGAAAUACCAAUAUUAAGUACAUCAGUGAGAACAAAAACCUAGAUAUCUGUGUGGCUGACGGUGAAGCUGGUGCUGUAGUGGUGGUCAAUCAGGCUGGAAAACUCCGAUUUAGAUACAGUAGUCAUCCUUUUCCUACAAAAAACGAACCAUUUCAACCUUUUGGCAUCACAACAGACAGCCAGAGUCAGAUCCUGACAGCAGACUUCAAUAACCACUGUAUCCACAUCCUUGACCAGGACGGACAGUUCCUCUGUUAUAUAGAUAACUGUGGUCUGAAGAAUCCAUUUGGUUUAUGUGUGGACAAAAACAACAACUUGUUUGUUGCUGAGUGGAAUUUGGACAUGGAUCCCAGCAGAAGUGCCCAGGAUGUGAUCAGAUGUGACUUAUGCGAGACAGCUAUAGUACAGAUGUACUGUGAUUUCUGUCAUGUCAACCUCUGUAAACCCUGCAUUGGAGAACACAUUGCUGAUGACUAUAGCAAACAUCAAAUUGUCCAAAUUCAGCAAAGGAAAUCCACCUUAAUUUAUCCACAGUGCAAAACACAUGAAACAGAUAGAUGUAAACUUCAGUGUGAAGAAUGCAACACAUCUGUGUGUUCUUUAUGCAUUAUAACUGAUACACAUAAGGGACAUACCAUUACAACUAUUUUGGAUAUCUUUAAUUCAAAGAGAGAACUCAUAGGGAAAGAUACUGAAGACUUAGAACAAAUAAUUUCUCCAACUUAUGAAGAAAUUGCCUCUGAUAUAGAAGCCUAGAUUACUAAUCUGGAUGGAAAAUAUGGAAAACUUUCAACGGCAGUGAAACACAAUGGAGAAGAAUGGCACAAAGAAAUUGACAACAUUGUCAACAAACUGACAACAGAAAUUGAGGAAGUAAAAAAUAAACAUUUAAGCAUUCUGAAGAAACAUUUAGAUGAAAUUAAGCAGAUUAUAUAUCAAAUUGAGCAAACUUUGCUUCAGUUAAAUAGAAUAGAUGAAUCAAAUGAAGUGUCCAUGACUAUGGAAUACAGUUCUAAAAUCGAAGAAUUAAGCAGACUUCCGCCUAAAGUUAAGAUAUCACUGCCUGUGUUCAGUCCAAAGGCUAAAAAUACAGAACAUCUUUUUACAUUGUUUGGAUCUUUAACACAAUUAGCUACCAAAACAGAAGAAAAUGGCUACAAACUGAAGAAACCACAGACACCAACCAGAGGACUGCUUGAAGAACCAGAACUUAUAACAACAAUAAUUACUGGUUAUGAAAAACUUCGCAGUGUCACCUGUCUCAGUGAAGAAGAAAUCUGGACAAGUGGAGCAGUCGAUGGUAUGAAAUGUUUCAACAUUCAAGGUUCACUCAUCAAGACAAUCAAAACAAAAUCAGGGAAAUGUCCAAAUGAUAUAGCAGUGACAAGUGAUGGGGAUCUAUUGUACACUGACUGGGAAACAAGGACUGUGAAUAAAGUAAAGAAUGGACAGACAGAGGAGAUGAUCAGACUACAGGGCUGGAGACCUUUACAACUCUGUGUCACCUCCUCUGGUGAUCUCCUGGUUAAUAUGUGCAGUGAUGAUAAAACACAAUCCAAAGUUGUCCGUUACUCAGGCUCCACUGAGAAACAAACAAUCCAGUUUGAUGAGGGGGGUAAACCUCUGUAUUCAGGAAACAGCUUCUUUAAGUACAUCAAUGAGAACAGAAACCUGGAUAUUUGUGUGGCUGACAAUGGAGCUGGUGCUGUGGUAGUGGUUAACCAGACUGGUAAACUCCGAUUUAGAUCCACUGGUCAUCCUUCUGUUACAAAAAACAAACCUUUUCAACCCUUUGGCAUCACAACAGACAGCCAGAGUCAGAUCCUGAUAGCAGACUUUAAUAACAACUGUAUCCACAUACUAGACCAGGAUGGACAGUUCCUCCGUUAUAUUGAUAACUGUGAUCUGAAGGAUCCAUAUGGUUUAUGCGUGGACAAAAAUAACUGUUUGUUUGUUGCUGAGUGGAGAGGAAAGCUUAAGAAAAUUAAAUAUCUUAGAUAGACAUGCAUUUAAGGAGUCACUGUGUAGUUAGGAGAGUAUGCCAGGGCAUCAACAAUAGUGGGAAACAUGGGAUAAUUUGCAUAACGGGCGAAGCUAAAAUUAUCCCAUGUUUCCUGCUAUUGUUGAUGUCACUGGCAUAGUCUCCUCACUAGACAGGGAUUCCUGAUAUUUCCAUUUUUACUUGAAAUAAAAAAUAAAUCAAAAUACCGUCUAAUUUAGUAGAUUUGAAAUGCACAAGGCCCCGUGACAUCAAAUUUUACUAUAUAAAAAUAGUCCCAUAAAAACACGGAACAAAUUUAUGGAUUAUUUAGUAUUUUUUCCACAAAAAAAAAAAACAUUGCCCACAAAGAUACUUUUUUGAAGUAUUUGACCUCCAAGUCAACAUUGACAUAUGUCAUGCACAUACAUGUAGCAAAUGACUUUGGUCAAGCAUGAGUUAAAAUGUUUAGGCACCCUCACAACAUCAAGACCCUGAGUCAACAUCAAUAUGAUCCCGUUGGACAAACGACACUGUGUGAACUGAGUCAGGACCCCGGGUAUAACAA